UGUUAGUAUUUUCUUGUGUAAUAUAUUGUGUUGAUUGUUGAUUUUUGACGAAUAAUUUGGGAAACGAAUAAUUUAUACUUUGCAAUUAUAAUAUUUAUAUAAUUAAGAAAAAUGGCAGAUGAUGAUUUUGAUGGAGACGAGGUAGCAGAUGAUUUUGAUGAUGUGGAUGAUGAUGAUAACAUUGAAUUAGAACCUCAGGAAGAAGAUGGAGAAAAUAUAGAGUUACAUGCAGCAGGUGAAACUACUGGUGGAGUACAAAGAUCUAAAAGAAUUACAACAAGAUAUAUGACAAAAUAUGAAAGAGCAAGGGUGUUAGGAACGAGAGCAUUACAAAUAGCUAUGUGUGCUCCUGUGAUGGUGGAAUUAGAGGGAGAAACUGAUCCAUUACAAAUUGCAAUGAAGGAAUUAAAACAAAGAAAAAUACCAAUCAUAAUUAGGCGUUAUCUACCUGACAACAGUUAUGAAGAUUGGGGUAUAGAUGAAUUAAUCAUAAUAGAUCAUUAA